UAAGCUCAACCAAAUUCCAAACCAUAUAAAGCCCUCAAAGUCCCUUGAAGCGGCACAAAAGAUCAAGAUGGACAUGGACAUGCCUACAAUCCCAACACCAGCUGUUCGGUCGGCAACCAACGGGGCACGUACUGGGCCUACUCCUCCACUUCGCCCAACCAAUGCGACUGUAUCGACUGCCGCUUCUGGUAGUGGCUCACGAGCAGCCCCAUCAACGCCAUCCGCUCAAGUCGAGCCGCGUCGCAUCCGAUGCCCGCUAUGUCGCCGGAAACAUCGACUACAACACUGUGGGCUCUUUAAGGAGCUAACGCCGACACAACGACAGCGUGUGGCCCAGGCACAUGAGCACUGCCUCAACUGCCUGUCGCACACGCAUGGGACGCAGGAGUGUGUCUCAGCCGAUUUAUGCCACACGUGUGGCAGACCACAUCAUACGCUGCUGCACAGGACCCCACGACGCGAUGUAGGUCGGCCAGCUGCCCCAAGCACGGGUAGAUCAACGCAAGGAGACCGGACGGUACGACGCCGAACUACUGCAGCCCGGCCUGCUCCCUAUCAGUGGCGUUCGCACCGACCAGGCGUCGUCCAAAAGCGCCACAGCAUCGCCCCGCUACUGGACUCAGCAACGUGGUGGCAACCCUCCAGCAAUUGCAGAGAUUGCUAGGCUGAAUAUUCGCCUAGGGGGGCCGGGAUGGCUAAAUGAGAUAAGCCGCCCCC